AUGGAAUACAAGCUCCCCUCCACUCAGGAGGACCCCCCAUCGGGGGACAAUGGCCUCAAGAACAACAUUGAUGAGGCGCAUAAUGAAUUGAUCAAUUCUCUGAAUCGCCUGACUCUAGCGAAAGAGACGCCAUUGCCUUCAUCACCUCGUCUUUCCCCUGUUCCAUCCUAUCUUCCCCCUAAAUCUGUUCAAGUCACUCGACCUGUACCUGCUAUUCCUCUGCAGCCUGACCAACCUGUUCGAGCUGUCUCUUUACAAUCCAAUCAACCUAUGCAAUCUGUCUCACAAACAGCCGGUUCUGACACUGUCCGAGACGAACGGCGUAAGUCAAUUGCACAACUACAAAAGCGCAAGUCCGCUGCAUCUCUUCGUUCGGUCUCACAACCGCUCAAAUCUUCAUCCCCAACUCCUAACCCUUCACGCCGCACAUCAUUUGCCUCUGCGGGGUCUCCAACCACCGCAACAUCCCCCGCAAUGCACCCCGCACGCCUUGUGUUUAGCCCGGCUCCAGAAGCCCCUAUUCCGACUCCUUCGUCUGUCGCUGCUGAGCACUUCUCAAAAGAGCUUGAAUUACACCGAUCUGAUGAUAUCAAGACUAAAACUGCUGUUAUUAUUCAUGAUGACUGCUAUGGCCAUCGUUACUCCCAGCUUGAAGCGCCAAAACGAACCAUCGAGAGAAUUGUCGAAAGACCAGAGCGCAUCCGCGCCUGCGCUGUGGGCAUCUCUGCAGCCUAUGUUCUCCUUGGAUCUCGAUAUGCGGAAGAUCUCGCACUUAAACCAAGUUCGAGCUGGAACAAGAUUGAUGUUCCUUUUCAAAUUAUCAAGACUGAUCGCAAGGUUCAUUUAUCUAAUACUGCUGUUACGGACGUUCAUGGAACCCAAUGGAUGUCAGAAUUGAAAUGGAUGGGGGACCUUGCAGAGUCACGACUCAUCAUGGAUGGAAACGAACUUGCCAGAAAACGGACAGGAGAAGACGACGGCCUCGGGACAAGUGGUCCCGCCCUAAAUACCGGCGACCUCUACUUAUGCUCAGAGUCUGUGAAUGCCUUCCAAGGAGCACUAGGGGGCGUCUGCGAGGGAGUGGACCUUGUUUUCAAGUCCGGUCCAAUCCAGCGCGCAUUCGUCUGCAUUCGACCUCCCGGGCACCAUUGUUCAGCUAACUUCCCUUCUGGCUUUUGCUGGAUCAACAAUGUUCAUGUCGGAAUUUCCCACGCAGCAACCACCCACGGUCUCACCCACGCUGCAAUCCUUGACUUCGAUCUUCACCAUGGCGAUGGGUCUCAGGACAUCGCAUACGAUCACAAUUCCAGAUUACUCAACAAAACACAAAAGGCUGACUUGGCCAGGUCUGAUGCCACGAAAUUCAAGGAAUAUCAAGACGCUCCUCCAUACACCAAAGCAGCCAUUGGCUACUACAGCUUGCAUGAUGUGAACUCUUUCCCUUGCGAGAAUGGAGAGCGCGACAAAGUCAUGGGUGCUAGCCUCUGUGUCGAAGCACACAACCAGUCCAUCUGGAACGUUCACCUCGAAAACUGGGCCGAUCUCGAUGGGUUCUGGAAAUUAUACGAGACAAAAUACAACGCAUUGCUCACCAAAGCCCGGUCAUUUCUUCGCGAACGCACAGCCGAACUCAACCAAGAACGACAAGAGAACCCAAAUGCUCCACUGCCCAAGGGAGCAAUCUUUAUCUCUGCCGGGUUUGAUGCCAGCGAGUGGGAAGGCAACGGCAUGCAACGGCACAGCGUGAAGGUGCCGACUGAGUUCUACGCCAAGUUCACCGCGGAUGUCAUCCGCAUGUCGCAAGAGGAAGGCCUCGGUGUGGAAGGGCGUGUUAUCAGCGUCCUCGAAGGCGGCUACAGUGACCGCGCGUUGUCCUCCGGUGUGCUCAGUCACCUGGCAGGUCUGAGUGAGAACUCAGAGUUCAAAAGUGAGUGGUGGUCUCAGAAUAAUCUGAGAGAAUUGGAUGCCAUCAUGGCUCCAACGCCCAGCAAAGGGCGCAAGAAGAGUGCCGCCACCUACCUGACAGCCACCAAGUCCUUCGCAGCAAAGGUUGUCGCCCCCGGGAGAGACCGGAAGUCCACCGGGGACUUCGAUCCCAACAUCGUCGUCGGCCCUUUGCCAGAAGUGAGCUGGGCGGUGGCCACGGGGGAGCUCUCAAAGCUCAUCAUCCCCGAUGGCCGCCAGACCCUAAGCUGCCGGCCGGCGGAGCUGAACCGCCAGCGGCGAGAGCUGAGCGCCCAGGAUGGAGGACUCGAUCUCCUCAUCCCCGUCGAAAAGGGGCGCCAGCUGCGCUCGCGCAAGCCCAAGGAGUCGACCCCUGUCCCCACCACCCCUCGCCCUGCCACCCCACGACGCCAGGCCCGCAAGGGCCUGAAGACCCCAAAGACCACCAUUGCCGCCACGACCCUCCCUGCUGCCUCGCGCGAGGCCUCCCCGUCAGUGGGUGCCUCCCGUCGGAAGAGCACCAGUCUGACGCGCGCGGGAACUCCGCACCGGGGUGUCAGCCCCCUGAACCUCCCCCCAAUUCCACAGAUUCCAACUACCGUGGGGGGAGUCAGGGGCGGCCCCCGGAUAAUUCUCAACAUGCCGGCGCGGGAGCCCGGUCGUGGCCGCAAGUUGUCCGGCGGUGCGGUUGACCACCACCGCCGUGGUCGAAGCUCAAAGUCCCCCAAGAAGGAGAAUAAGCGUGGGAGUAACUCCGGCGGAAGCUCGACUGCUUCUGCCGGCAGUUCUCCCGUGAUCGUGACCAAGGAUGCCGUGAUGGAGGAUGCAUAG